CAUAAUUUCUUAUGGCUGUAAGGGAGGCUGCACGACGGAAACUGGACCAGUUUAGUUUAACAUCAAACUCAGUGCGGUCAUGGCAAGAAGUUACUGCGCCCUUGCGAUUGCUUUAGCUGCCAUCUUUGGGAUGGUAGACUGCAUCAACAUCCCUCAGCACGCGACGCUCAAUGGUUACAAUGAGUACCAGCGCUUUCUACCCGUGGCGCCACUGAACGGACCAAUUCUACUGAAAAAGGCAUCGAAGAAGAAUGAGCAGGAUUUGAGUAAAGUGCCUGGAAUCCCUGGAGUGGAUUAUCCUAUUUACCAUCAGGUACCGUCGACGAGUUUCUCUUGCGCACAUGUACCUUAUGCACCAGGAAUGUACGCCAAUGUGGAGACUGGUUGUCAGGCUUAUCACGUGUGUCACGAUGGUCGCGAAGGGCAUCAAGGUGCGUCAUUCUUGUGCACUAAUGGCACUUUGUUCAAUCAACUCGAAUUCACCUGUGAUUGGUGGUACAAUGUCAACUGUGCCGAUGCACCUGCACUGUACAGCUUGAAUUUGGAUCCUACAAAAAAUCCAUAUAUCCCGAGACCCAAGAAGGAAGAAGUUCAAGAGAAGCUCAGGAUCGCCGUCUUCUAAUUUACACGAGCAUUUUCGCAAGUUCUGAGAGACCUCUUCGAAUUUACGUGUUAACAGGAAUUUACAGAAUUCCUUAACUACUUGAGUUUCGUACUUCCCGCCAAUUCAGUAUGAAGGAUUACAAGAGAGAAAUUUUUUUCGUUAGCUUCAUAAUUUUUGAAACAAACGGCGAUUCCUUUCAUAAAUAUACGCGAAUUAAUGUAAAGUAGGAUAAGAGCAGAACAAAUUUGCAGUAUUUUCAAUACAUUUCUAAGUAAAACAGAGUUAGGGAACACAGAAGUGAAGUGGAAUUAAAUAAUAAUAGCCGGUGGAAGAUCCAUGAAUAAUCGUUUUGAUUAACAGCCGUUGUGCAUACAGUAAUUUAAACAAUGAGUUUUGCAGUACUGUCAUUAAUUUAUUGCCUAAUUAAUGCGACGCUUUUAUAAAACUACACUCGAUUAGUUAUUUUAAAAUAACUUAGAACCAAUGGACCUCGAAUAACAUCAUCCGGGGUCUUCAGCCUAUCCCAUAGACCUUCUGAGAGAAUUCGCAAGUAUUAUCCUAAAUGAACAUAAUUUUGCUAUAAACUCGAAAUAGUUAUGUAUUAUACAAAUCCAUUAUUUAAGUUAUUACCCGUUGUACCGUGACAUAUUAUUUUUCUUUACUAAUCGUAUUUUUCUGUAUUUAUUAAAAAUAAAGGUGAUUAAGUAUCGUGA